AAUGUCAAUGCAAAAAACAAAUUAUUUUAAUUUUUUUAUUUUUGUUAUUCCAAGUUAAUUUUGCAAAUUGCAAAAAUAUUUUUAUAUUUAAGUUGAUCUUUUUGCACAUGUAAUGAAUUUGGAAAAAAAAUUUUGUUUUGAAUUUUAUUUUAGCUCUGCUAUAAAAGGAAACUGGUUAACAAAUUCCACAGCAUGGUACACUGUAUUAUCUCAAAAUGUAAAAAUUUUACAGGAAGAAGAGGAAAUAACGCUAACAUAAAAUACUUUAGGUUUCCAAAAGACAAAAAAAUAUUAGAAAAGUGGAUAAUUGCCUGCAAUCGCAGUGAUAAAUUUAGUAUCAAAAACGCUAGAGUAUGCUCUGAUCAUUUUACAGAAGAUGAUUGGAGAUUGCAAGAUAUAUUAAUGAAUAUUCCGAAAGGAAAUAGAAAGUUGAAAAAAGAUGCAAUACCAUCAAAAAAUUUACCCUUUCAAAUUGAACUAUUGACAAUCAUGGAACGACAAGAAAAAUGGAAAAAAAAGAAAAUUAAAGCUUUGGUACAAGAUAUAGAGAUGCAUAGAUUAGAUUUGGAAGGAGGUCAAGAAAUUUUGAGUUAUAAAAAUGGGUUAAGUUCCGGCCAACAACCAGAAAUAAAUUCAAUGAAUGUUGGAAAAGAAAAUGAUGCGAUUGGAUCGGUUUUACAUGAAGAAGAAAUUGAAUAUUUAAACAAUACAAUUGAAAGCGAGAAAAUAUCAAAUAAUAAAACGGAUGUACAAACUCAAACUGAAUGUGAUGCUGAGUUCGCCUAUAAAUUAAAAAUAGAAGAAUUAGAAAAACAACUGGAAGCCUUAAAAAACUUGGAUACGAAAUGCUCAAAUAUGCUAGCAUGCGAAAUUACUCCAAAAGAAAGACUUAUAGUAUUAAACGAUCUCAUACCUAAAACCUUAAUCCCCUCUAGAGGCUUAUCUCCGCCCACUUGUCCAUAUUCUGUCAGUAAAAGUGAAUUUGAAACAAUUUGGUUUUAAGUGAAUUACUUGCAAUCUGUUUUAUUGAACGUUAAUAAUAUAGAAAAUGAAGUGGAAGAAGGCAACAAAAAAUUACAAUUUAUCAAGGAUAUCUAAAAUGAUGUAUUUUUUAACGGAAACAGAAGACAUGAGGAUGAACAGUGUAGAAAAAAAAGUUAAAGGGUUGCAGUUGAACGAUUUUAACAGUGUUACAACACGCGUUUUUCGAUUAAGAAAAGCAAUGAUUUUUUUUAGUUUUUCUAUUACAAUUUCUUAUACGUAAUAACAAUAAAAUUUUCGUUAUCAAUAAGUAAAAUGGCCAAAUAAAAUAUAUUUUGCUAAAA